AUGUUGUCAGAGGAGGAAAAAAUUUUCAUGGCAGAUUUUGGCAUGGCACUGUUGAAAGAAUGCUGCAUUGCUGCGCGCAAGUUGACUGACAACUUCCAAGAGACGCUGGACCUGAUGCGUGCCGAAGUUUUUGUGGCGACAUUUCGUGGCGUCAUCGUCCGUGGAAGUUCGACUCACAUUCCAGUGGCCGUGCUCAGGGAGACUGAAGGUGACAAGAGACGCUUCCGAGAUUUGAUUGCAGCUCAAUCGUAUACGGUGCCUCGCUUGCAGCAUUUGGCCAGCGAUUUGAGACUGGCGUUACACUACAUUGAUGAGUGGGAGACAAACUGGCGUUGUUCUGAAGCUUUGGCUUCAGUCAUGGAGCACGUCGAGGCCAUACUGGACAACUUGCGGCUGAAGAUCUUGGGAUUGCUUCAUGCACUUUCCACUGAACUCUCUGCUGCAAUGUCAGAUACGCUGUCUGAUGCACCAAGCUUGCCUCCUGAUGUUGAAUCUGAAGAUGAUAACAAAGACGCAUCUGAAGCAAGAUCCGUAAGUCUUCCCUCUGACGUUCAAUCUGAUGCUGAGCCUGGAAAUCUUCAAAAGCAUUGCAGCUGCCGAUUGCAAUGUUACCUGAAGUUUGAUGAAGCAGAAAUCGAACAUCGACGUGCUGAAAAUUUGAAGGAUCAGCAGGUUCGACUCCAGAAUUUAUUUGGAAAGGUGAAAUCUUUCGUGGAUGCUUUAUCUGUAAAGACUGCUCGCAUAGAUUGGCAAAUGGGUGGCCAAAAAGUGUGCAGGCCCUUUUGGGAGUAUUGCCACUCAGUAGGCCACAAGCAAGUGGACGACAUGGUGAAAUUGGCUAAGCUUGGACAUGCUGCUCUCCCUGAAAAAGGCGCCCGGAUGCCCAAGGAGAAGCCUCGCAUGGAUGAGGCUGAUGUUUGGUUCCUCAACUUAUAUACAGGUCUUGCAGAGCUGACACCAGUGGAAGAUGGUGGCCAUCGCCAUGUGGAAGAACUUCCUGAUGCAGAUCAAGUGCAUGAAGUUGUCCACGAUGUUAGCCAUCCACUAUAUUCAAUGUCUGUUGGUGUUGGCAACCAGGGGGCAUUGGUCCCGAAGCGCUUCCUCAAUCAGGAGAAUUUGGCUUCUUUGUGGCAUGUCUACGAGCUGAACAAGUCGGAUGAGCCACGUGUGUCCCGGGAUACCUUCACCAAAGCUUUCAAUCGACACUGGAAAAGGAUUUUAUGCUUCAAGGGUUAUGGUCAAGGAGUACGAUGUCAAGUUUGUGCUGAUUUUGAUGAGAGGCGUUCGCAGCUGACUUCAAAGAAGGAGCGCCAGGAGAUUGACGAGUUGAAGCAGCAGCACCUCAACAGAUGUGACAUGGACCGAUCUGUCAAUGUCAGGGGCAACCGAUUGUCAAAGCAGGAUUCAAAUUUUAAGAUGGAGAACUCCUCGACUAGCUUCCUCAAGGUGUUGGUGGACGGGAUGGACCAGGCAAAAUUUCGAUGUCCCAGAAACUUGAAAGCCAAUGUAGCCUUCGCCAAUGUCCAAAGGCCGGCCUUGCAUCUCACUGGAGCUGUGGCAAUUGGCCUCUGCGAGGUUUAUUAUAUUCUUGCGCCUGACGCCAAGAAGGACAGCAACAUGGUUGCAACUUGCUUGGCCCACCUUUUGGACAGAUGCCAACUUGUUGUCGAAAAUAGAGGACCAGAUUAUUGCUUGCCAAGACAUCUCAUCAUUGGAGCGGACAAUUGCACCAGGGAGACGAAGAAUGCCUAUUUGGCCCAAUUCGGUGCCUUCCUUGUGGGAAGGGGUUUAUUUGAUUCAGUGGAGUUUCAGUUUAUGGUCACUGGCCACACAAAGAAUGAGCUGGAUCAGCGCUUUUCAAGCGUUGCGACGAUUUUGAACAAGGCUGGCACCCUGGAAACGCCAUUGCAAUUUGCCAAUUACAUGACGCACCAUGUUAAGCCAGCAAUGGCAACCGAGAUGCAGGUGGAGGUCUUGGAUGCUACUAGGGAUUGGCAAGCUUUCUUUGGACAUUUGAGCAUGCACGUGCAAGGGCUCACAGCGACCCACCUUCAGCCUGAUUCAAACCAUGUUUGGCGCUUUGUCUUGCGACAGCAAAUUGACCGUGCCCAAAUGGUGGAGAACCACAACCCAAACUGGAAGGAUUUUCCUGAAGACCCCAGGGAUGUUGUGCUGAUUCUCAAGCAGUUCAUGUCCUCGGCCGAAGCGUCGCAACCACCUCAGCUGAUGCUUCCAGCUCAGCUUCUUGGCAGUUUCAAGCGGGACCUCUUGACGAUUGCCGACAGAAGGCAGUGGUCUGAAGAUCAGUUGGAGCAGUACCUGAAGACUGCUCAAGCCGUGUCGUCGGAUCCAUGGAGACUCUUUGAGGCGCAGGCAUGGCUGGAAGGCUUGUGCCAUGCUAACAAGCAUCGGCUGUCCAAGGAGCCUCCAGUCUUUUCUUUGGUUUUGCAGGAGCAUGAAAUGCCUGAGAUCGUCACAGAUUUGCCAGAUGAAGCCCUGUUUCAGCCGGAUCCGGCACCUCGUCGUGUCAGAGUGUUGCUGAAGCGACCUGCUGCUGCAGCCAAGUCAUGUCGACAGCCGAAGAUGAGAAGACCUGCAGCAGCUCUGCCAGGUGCUGCAGUUGCAGCACCAGCAGACGCUGCAGUAGCCGCGGCGGCCAAGCCUGCUGCAGCACCUUCUGGAUCGCGACCGCCCAUGCGCAGACCCGCGGCUGCAGAACCCUCAGACCGUGCCAAUGCUCCUCCGGAGUCACAUGUGGUUGCAGAUUCAGAGAAGAUCGAGCGCUAUGGAUGCUCCAGGUGCAGAAGCGCCAGGAUUGGGUGCCUUCAAUGUCGAGCCUGGGUGGAACAGAAGAGCCUCCCUGAUGGCAGCACCUGCUCCUAUGUGCCGACCAGCUGCGGCUGCAAUGCUACCAAGCCCAUCAGACCAGAGCACGGCCAAACCUAUACGGAGUACUGUCGCGAGCUGCGCCAUGAAUGGGUUGUUGAAAAAGACCGCAAUGAGACCUUCCCGAUGGUCAAUGCAGCUGGAGAGUUGGAACGGGUGUCGACUGCUGACUGGACAACAUACAAGAGAAUCCAUUCCAGCCACGAUGGUUGGAAGUUGCUUCAAGGGCGCUAUCGUUGGCGCCGGGACUGGCAGCAGCAGUGGAGCAGCAGGUGCACCCAACUAGUCACUUCUUAUGAAGUUCCCAUUUCAUUGACCUAUUAUUUUUUCUCUCCAGUGCUCUGUUUCUGCGUCUCUGUGCUGCCAGUUUUUCCUGCCAUGGCUGACGACCUGUCCUCCACUGAGUCAAAGUCAGAUUCCAAUCGGAAACUGUCAAAGCGUCAAAGGAAACUUGCUGCCGCUGCAACCUUGCGCAUCCUCGAGCAGAAGCUUCAGAAGCGCCCAGUGACUCACAAAGGACGCCACUAUGAUUCCUUGGAAUGUUUGUGGAACUCCAAGGUAUCUUCAGAACCCAGUCAGCCUGCACAACCUGGCCCUGCUGCAGCAAAUGCCUUGAAGAGGCCUUUGUCACCAGACGAUUCUAGUCGAGAAGUUCGAAGUCGAGGAGAUGAAACUGGUGGUAUGCAGUCAGCUGACCAGUCAGCCGCACCAGCUGAAAUGCCUGCUCAUGACGAAGGCAUCCCAAGUGCGACUGCAUCAGCUUCGGGUAGCAAACCUUCAGCUGAAAGCCAGCCUACUUCAUCGAUCUCUCCUUCUUCAAAGGCAGUUGAGACAAUUGAAAUUGAUGAUGAGUGUGUGGAUGAUGCGUCCCAGUUCGCAAAGGAGUGGCUGGCCAAAAUGAGAACCAUUCUUCAGAACUAUCCAGCUGGCCCAGGAAGCUACUUGGAAGACAAAAUGAAGACGGCAGCAGACAAGGCUCGUUUCGCUACUUGGCUGCUGGAAACAUGGCCUGAAAGACCAGAUAUCUGCUAUCACCACGACCAAGUAGUUCCCAGUGUGCUGGAAGAUGAAUUGGCCCAGUCGCCACCACUUGCUAUCCAUGUGUCGUCCUUCAGCUGGACCGAUGGCUGUGGGGUGAAACCUGCUCCAGGACGUGAUUUGGCUUUGGGCCUCAUGGCAAUGUACCUCAAGGAUGGCUUCAUAACCAGCGGAGAUGUGAUUCUGAUGGCUCAGCCAUUGGCAGUUGAGAAGGCAGCUGGUCUUCCCAGCCUUUGGGGAUCUGAAGAGUCAGCACUUAAGCCUUUUAGCCUGGGAUAUUUGAAAGGACGUGCUCGACUUACCAGUCUCUUCGCUCUUCUUUUGUCAGUCUUUGAAGAAGAGGUCUCCUUGGAUGACUUGAAAAGCUUCUGCCCGAAGUUAUUCGAUUCCGUCUCAGUCAUUUGGGUUCAGCAUAUGCGGCAAAACAGCAAGGAAGAUGAGGUCUUGUGCAACCUGAAGUUGAGCACGAGAGGAUCCCUUAGAAAGGCAGCCAACCUCAUCCAAAUUGCCUUCAUGGUCAGACGUCUGUUGGCUUCAGGAGGCACCGACUACACUACUUUCCUGCGAAAGUACAACCAGCAGUCUGUUGCGGCUCACCAACUUCGCGGUCGCAAGCAAACUGCACUGAAGCUCCUCUUCGAAAGCGCUCCCAAGGACGUGCUGGAUGAGAUCCUCAACCAUGUUGGAACUCUUGGAUGGGAGAAUUGUGCUUGGACUGAGGAGAAUUUGGCUUCAAAACGUCUCUUCCCAGGACACGUUUUCCCAGCCAAGAACAGGAAGUGGCAACAGAGAUUGAGAGUCAGCAACAGGUCCUUGAGAAUUAUGGUUCUCAGGAUUCAUUGGGAGCAGGAGCACCAGUCUUGUGAGAAGCGCAGCCAGAAGAAGCCGGAUGACAGAGCUUGUGAGCUACUGGCUGAAAAAGCAGCUUGCCUCGUUUCCUUAGCAGAUGAGUUUUGCUCUGAGCAUCCCAUCACCAUGGAGACAGUCCAGAAGAAGAUACUGGAUGAGUGGUCCUCUGGAUGCAAGCGCAUUGACAUGGAGCUGGCCGCGCAGUUACUGGAGAAGUCCGAAUCCUUUGCCAUUGCGACCCACAUGCCUUGUUUCAAGGCUUUGCUGGAGGAAUCUCUUUUUCGUGCGCCGGUGUCUUCUUCCCAAGAGGUGGAAAUGCGAGACAAGCUGAAGAGAGAUGAGUUCGACCAUGUUGUGAAGAAAAUGGACUAUGACAUCAAGGUCUUCGAAAUUUGGCAAUCGAAGGUCGCAUCAGUGGCAAUGGCUCGCCAGCAUGCGAAGCAGGAACAUGUCGUUUCUGAACACAGGAAAAUCGUGGAAUCAGUGGAAGCCUAUCUUGAUGGUUGUGUUCGCUUCCUGUGCUGGGAAGGAGUCAACAAGGGAAGUGAUAGCAUCGUUCCACAGGUCCUCUCAUUUCGCAUGGAAAUUUUGAGAAAGCUACGCAACCAAAACACAGCUGGUGCAGCUGCAGAUGUUCCUACCUUGGUCCUCAUGAAUUGGACCGCACCCUGUCUGUUUCCAGCUGGACGGCAGAAUGAUCACAUCAACUGCCUUGCGUGGGCGUUGCACGACAAUACCAACUCGGCUGCAAUCAUUUUCGCACCUACCUUUUCGUACCAGAAAGGAAAAACAUUCCUGGAGGAAAAUGCGUGCAUGCAGCUUCUGGCACAAGGAGGGCACAACUUGGACCAUCAGUUCAGCGUCUUAUUUUCUGACAGAUGCGAUCAGAGAGACAGCCGACCUCUGCUUUACCCUGCUCGUUGGGCCUUCCCAGGUCAUGUGGUUGACCUUGGAAAGACAAAUGCCUUCUUUCAGUCGGAGCUUCGCAAGGCUGGGCGAACUGAUCCUUGCAAGCAAAUGGCCGCCAAGGACUUGAAGGAAAUGGAAGACAUGGCUGAUGACAGCCUCCCAAGCACAACUUCAAGCAAUCACAUCUCUGGAGCAGCCAAGCAUUGUCAGUUUGGCCGUCCUGCUGCAGAAGAGGUCUUUCGCAAGGCCUUCAACCAAGUUGACCUGGAGAAAUUUCCAGCUGUGCUGAUCGUGGACCUCUUCCCCCGAGUUGGUGAUUUUGCAGGUGCUUUUUGCCGCCUCCGGACCCAAUUGAAUGCUGGGACCAGCUUGUUCUACAUUGGUGUCGGAGAGAAGGCCAAAGAAUUGGAAUGGCUUCGCGCGACUUUGCUCGAAGAGUUGGUGGAGAAAGUGAAGCUGGAAGGCUUUCAAAUUCCUGGCGCUCAGCCAUUUCAGAAAGAAGUCAACCCAGACCUCCUGGAUGCACUUCCCGCAAUUCCAAUUACCAAUCUUCUUGUUGUGACAGGUGAAGGUGAAGAUCGAAGUCUGGUGCUGCCAAAGCACUUGAUGCUGAAGUGGCGUUCUGAUGAAGAUUUCGGCGAUGAAUUUUCCAAGUGGCUUGACGCAUUUUUGGAAAAGUAUUCAGUGAGUGAAGAUGCAGACAAUUCUUCACCCAACAACAAGAGACAAAACAGUGAAGAAAAAACAUCGGAGGCUGAACCGAGCCCAAAAAGGUGUCGAGUGGAGGAAGUGCCUGCAGAAUGCUUGCUUCCUUGUGACAAAAUUGCAGAGACGCUUCUAUUUGAGACGAAGUUUGGAGGAAAAGAUACCAUUGGAUUCCAGAUCCGCACCAACCACCAGCUCUAUUUGGUCAACCAGACCUCCCAUGAGCUCAGUCUCAAAGCAAUGUCGCCUUUGGUUGGAUUUGGCAGGGGAUCGUUCAAGUUGUUCAAGGAAGGUGACACACUACCUGAGAAAGCUUUGCUUUUUCACAUUGCUUCCUCAGAUGCCUUGGUUUGCCUCAACGGUGCUGUGCAGACAAUUUCAGAAGUGCUAUUCAACCAAAGAAAAAUCAAGCCUGAGGCUACUGUCUGCUACCACAAGGCUACACCUUCUGGGCAAAAAACUGAUGGCCAGACAUUGUUUGACUUCAAGUUGACCCACAAAAUUUGCUUUGUGCCGCCGACGAAACGAGAUGGAGCAGAUGAAGGAGCAGAAAAACCCGGCAAAGAAGAGACUAUAUCCUUCACCAACAUCGCCUCACGCGAAACAGCUGGUACUUUUUGUGAUUUGCAAUGCGCAAGUCUGAUUUGGCAUGUGCGCUGGACAGUCAAGGGGCUGCAGCCGCUGAAGCCCAUGAUCCAUUUAACCAAAAAGCUUUGCCUUGCUGCAGGUCAGUGCUGCAAACUCAAUAAGCAAUGA